CGCUUUCUUGAUUUGUUUUAGAAACACAUUGGCCAUUUAAGGAACCGAAAUCUGCGGAUAGUACGGCAUGGCUUUCGAGUAUGAUCAGUUCUUUCACGAAGAAACGUUCGUCAUUGAUAACUUUGGCGAGAUAUGCGAAGACAUAGUGCGAAUCGCCGGUGCUAGUUCACAGUAUUUCUACAAAGAGUUCGAUGCGGAUCAUCGACAUGAUAGUCCACCACCGGGCAAUUACACCGCUGCAAGUCGAUGUUUCGAAAAAGAGGUUCCUUCGCUGUUUUCUGAAAUGGAAUACCUUACGGAGGUGUCGCCUGAAACCGAGAUAAGUUUAACGUAUCGAAAGCCGGUUCCGGUGUCAGUGAAUCCGAUCGAAUUUUCCUACAAGCGGCACGAUCAGUUAUCGCUGGAACCGUUUAGCGAAAAGUAUCUCGAAUCACCCCAACCAGUGCCACCCCCCGAUCGUGUGGCCGAUGCUUCGUACGAUGCCGGCAAUAUGGAUGAAGAUAGCUCACACGACGCGGCACAAUCCGACGGUCUGGCUGUUCCGACAGAGUACAAACGUAUCCUGAACAAUUACAUACAGAAAGGGCGCAAAAAGCUAGAAGCAAGCUCGUACUCGAAAAUGAAAGCCACCUGUCUUGCUAAAGAAAAGAUUAACGCACGUUCUACCUCGGUGAUUGAAACCGUUGCCGUUACUAUGGCAAACGAUCUACCGGAAGGCCGUCCCCGAAGUAAUACUGCCACUGCCGUACCAAACCCUCAUUCUUUGCCAACGGGCCAAUGCCAAUCAUUUAUCCCAACCACUGCCACCAGUAUCCAUCAAUCGAUAGUAAUUGAGCCAUAUUCUCAACUACCUCAAAGCCAGCCAAAACCUGCCAAGGCACGUGGUGCCAGUGUAAACAAUCGGACUGCAUCAAGUUCGCCAAAAACUACCAGAACGUAUCGCUGCCAAGACUGUGGUGCCAGCUUUCCUUCGAGUGAUCGGCUACGAAAACAUACCUGCAUCAUCGAUGAGCAGUACCAAUGCCACAUGUGCUUGCGUGAGUUUAAAAAGCGAAAAACUCUGGAACAUCAUAUGAAAUCUCAUGACAAAGUAUUUUCUACCGACGAUGAUCUGAGGAAAUAGUUCUUCCUGGGCACAUUUGUUAAGUUUCUCUUUACGAAACGCCAGUUCCGGUGUACGAUCGAGAAGAGUGUUUCUUUGACGAAAACGUGUUCCUCUGUUGAUUGUUUAUUUUAAAAUUUCAAAAGCACCUUGAUUCAAUAAUAAAAUAUUUAAC